GUGGCAUGCACAUGCACCCACAGCCACGAGGGUACGAUAUGGCGGACUCAAUCGAUGAUAUCUUUGCCGGAGAUUCCCCGGAAGAUGUUCAAAUCGUGAAGAAUAUGAUUGAAAAGAUACGACUUGAGAUCAUGUCUUACGGUGAAGAGGAGUAUGAUUCGUACGAUCCAGGAAGCAGGCAAAAAGUGGAGUUCAACAUCCAAAUUAAUAGAGUCACUUUAAUCUUGCAAGAAAUGUCCGAAACGCUAGAGGUGCUAUUUAGCUUGCCGCUGAUUUGUCGAAGCAGCGAGCUAAUGGACGAGCAUUUCAACGACGAGGAAAGAGAUGUGUUGCGUUUACUAUGCAAGUACAUGCGAUCCAAAGAUGAUGCUGGAGGUACUAGUCCGGUCAUUGCUAAUCUAUCAGAGUUCCCAUCGACGAAAUUCAUUGAGCUGGUUGAAAUGGUAUCGAACAAGAGUCUUCAUAAGGCAAUUGCCGGUCAAAUUAGGAACCUUCCGGGCAUUUAUCGGAAAUUUCUAUCAAAUAUUCGUGAGUUUCGCAAAUUCACCAUUGCCAAGAUGAAAAUGACCGCACAGAAAGAUUUGGCCAAGGAGAAAAUCCUGCAUCGGAUGUGGCUAUCGAACGAGCGCAAUAUGAAAGAAAUCGCCAAAAUUGAACAGAUAUUGCGGGAAAAAAGAGCUUCCUUCCGGGAGGAAAUCGAGGAGAAGACGGCAAUCAUAGAAAAAUACCGAGCUGAAAUACAACGGCAAGAAGAACAAAGCAAAAGGGAAAUUACUGCAUUCAUUGAUGAAUCCGAUCGUAACAUGUUUCACUACUUCGAGCAAUGUGACAAUCGAUAUGAGGAACUGCAAAAAGAAGCUAAUCGUUGGGUGAACGAGUAUCAGAAAAUCUUGGACUAUGAUUUGCGCUUGGAAAAGGAGAAUCGAUUGAAGAAGGCUAAGCUCACGCAGCAGCUUCAAUCGUGGCUCAACAAGUACGACAAGGAUGCUGGCGAACGGACCAGAGAGCUGAACACCCUUGCCAGUACCUUGCGAACUCGUCGUGAGGACUUUGAUGACUGGAAAGAAAAUGUAUUCGAUCCUCAAGAGAAAACAUAUUUUGAAGCAAUUGAAGAACACCGGGUGGCCGAAUUGCGGGCACGCGAAGAGCGUAUGCAGCUAUUCAUGAUGAAGCGAGCGGCCAAGACACUGCAGCGUGCUUGGCGUUCGGUUGCCGAGCGGAAGCGCAAAAUGCGUGGUCGUCGUGGAGGGCGACGCGGAAAAGGCAAGAAGUAAUUUCACUAUCAGAAACCAUACAUUUACAUUACAUACCUCAACAUAUCACGUUGAAAGCAUCUUCCCACAGUAUCACAUUAUGGUUUUAUACUGGUUUUGAAGUAGACCUGUAGAACAAAUGUUCUUCAAGAUCAUUAUAAUGCCGAAAAUCAAUAACCAUCAAUAAAACAGUAUUCACAUCAACAAGUCUCCAACCAUGCAAUCAACUUGAAAUAAUAUUUCAAAAUAUACCUGAUAAUCAAUUAUACAAUCUAUCAUACCGCAUCAUACUUUGUCAACUUUUCCCAUCAUUUAAAAUCAACGUGUCUCAUU